ACACUCACACACACACUGCAGCUGCAUUACAUCAUCUGGUUCAGUGUGAGGAGGAGAGGAGGAAUAGUGUGUGAGGACACUGUGUUCUGCCGUGGUGCCUGAUGGGAACUGUAGUCCCCUGCUGGCUGUCAGUCGUGUUGGAGUCGGAGGUCACAUGACGAAUCGUCCGUUAAUCAGCUUCCAGCUGCAGCAGUUGCGAUGUCACACCUUCCCUUCAGUUUACAGGUUGAGUUUUAUUUUUUUAAUCUUCAUAAUUUGUUUAUGUGUUCGCUGAUGACGCCGUCCUGUCGGCUCUGUUAGCACCAUUAGCUGCUAGCCGCUGAUGAUUCCGUCGCCAUGUUGAGAACCGUGUGGAGACAACAGAAAUGCUGUGAACUUGACAAAAGUCUUAUUUUUUUUGGCGAUCGGUUGCCAGAAUUCUUGACUCCAGAGUUUUCCGUCACUUAAUUUUGAUGAACUUUCAGAGAACGUGUGCAAAUAUAAACUCUAACGGGAUCCACUUAAAUGGACAUAAUCAAGUUGAGACCUUCAGAAUAAAAGCAGUGAACUCUUACUUACUCUUACUUCUCUGAUCAAAGCUUUUUGAAUUCUUAUCAACAUAAAAACGUGUGUUUGGUUCUGAUGAGUCUGAAUGAGGAGCGACGGUUUGGCUUUGAACCAGAGCGACAGACGGAGGCGUUAAUACUCAGAUACAGUCGGGAUGACUAACGGCUCGCUGGCAGCUUUUAAAUUUAGAGCUGACAUUUUCCUCAGAAGUGCAUCGAUCCAGAACCAGAGCCAACCAGAUCCAAGUAUUAUUACAGUACUACUGCUGUAUUAUUAGGGUACUACUGCAGUAUUAUCCGGGUACUAGUGCAGUAUUAUUACGGUACUACUGCAGUAUUAUUCGGGUACUACCGCAGUAUUAAUACGGUACUACUGCAGUAUUAAUACGGUACUACUGCAGUAUUAUUCGGGUACUACUGCAGUAUUAUUCGGGUACUACCGCAGUAUUAAUACGGUACUACUGCAGUAUUAAUACGGUACUACUGCAGUAUUAUUCGGGUACUACUGCAGUAUUGAUACGGUACUACUGCAGUAUUAAUACGGUACUACUGCAGUAUUAUUCGGGUACUACUGCAGUAUUAAUACGGUACUACUGCAGUAUUAAUACGGUACUACUGCAGUAUUAUUCGGGUACUACUGUAGUAUUAAUACGGUACUACUGCAGUAUUAUUCGGGUACUACCGCAGUAUUAUUACGGUACUACAGAAGUAUUAAUACACUGCAGUAUUAAUACGGUACUACUGCAGUAUUAUUCGGGUACUACCGCAGUAUUAAUACGGUAGUACUGAAGUAUUAAUACGGUACUACUGCAGUAUUAAUACGGUACUACUGCAGUAUUAUUCGGGUACUACCGCAGUAUUAUUACAGUACUACUGAAGUAUUAAUACACUGCAGUAUUAAUACGGUACUACUGCAGUAUUAAUACAGUACUACUGCAGUAUUAUUCGGGUACUACCGCAGUAUUAUUAUGGUACUACUGCAGUAUUAUUAGGGUACUACCGCAGUAUUAUUAGGGUACUACUGCAGUAUUAUUCUGGUACUACUGCAGUAUUAUUAGGGUACUACCGCAGUAUUAUUAGGGUACUACUGCAGUAUUAUUCUGGUACUACUGCAGUAUUAUUCGGGUACUACCGCAGUAUUAUUAGGGGACUACUGCAGUAUUAUUCGGGUACUACUGCAGUAUUAUUCGGGUACUACCGCAGUAUUAUUAGGGGACUACUGCAGUAUUAUUCAGGGACUACUGCAGUAUUAUUCGGGUACUACCGCAGUAUUAUUCGGGUACUACUGCAGUAUUAUUCGGGUACUACCGCAGUAUUAUUACGGUACUACUGCAGUAUUAAUACGGUACUACUAUAGUAUCAUUCCAUCAGAUGGAGAUGUUCUGUGUUCCGCCGUAUUUCCGAUUAAAGUUAUGUGAAUUUGAACAGAAUUAAACGGUCGUAAAGCAAAAGUUCUUCACUUUAAAAAAGCUUUUUUAUUUAUUUUCUGGAUGAGUUCAGUAGUCACACUUUGUAUCUCCUGGUAGAAGACGUGAUGUCAUGAGUCAGACGGGAUCGAUCAGCUGAUCGGUGACUGAUGAACUUCUCGUAUUGAUCUCGAUGAAAAACAGAAUUCUCCAGUAAAACCGUGAUGAAGAGCUUUCUGUCACAGAUCAGGAGGAUUCCUCUGAAAUCAAACCUCCACUCCUCCUCCUCCUCCUCCUGCCGCCUCUGGACCAAUCACAGCCCAGCAUCCCCGCCGGCCAAUGGGAUGGCUGGUUGGUGAUGUCAUGCAGCAGACUGCUGUGUGGUGCUGAUGCUGCUGAGCUGCAGAUCUUCACUCUGAGCAGAGAGACUGAGCAUCACUGCAGGGAACCCUCUACCUCACCACAGUGUCUUUGACAGGAACCAGCAGCAGCAUGACUCUAGCAGCGUACAGAGAGAAGAUACGAGAGCUCCCCCUGGUGUCUCUCUUCUGCUCCUGCAUCCUCCCACAACCCAGAAGCCCCACAGCCGAGAAAGAGGAAGCCGGCGUGGUGGACCUGAACCUGUGCAACAUCCGGCACAUGGAGGUGAUCGAGCUGAGCAAGCGGACGAGUGGCCAGGCCUUCGAGGUCAUCCUGAAGCCGCCCACCUUCGACGGCGGCCCCGAGCUCCGGGCGACCACGCCGCCUCGCCAGAAGCCCUCUCUGGAGGAGAUCCAGAAGAAGCUGGACGCUGCUCAGGAGAGGAGGAAGUGUCAGGAGGCGGAGCUUCUGAAGCACCUGGCUGAGAGGAGGGAGCACGAGCGAGAAGUCGCUCAGAAAGCUCUGACCAAAGAGCGCCAGGAGCACCGCGCCGACGCCGACAAAGAGCAGCGGCAGAUGCACCUGAACGCCUCACAGGAGCGACUGCACGUGGAGGACAAGCACAGUGUGGAGGUGUCCUGAUGGCCUGAUCACAACACAAGCUGAACUUUCUUUGGAAGCCAUUUUGGAGGACUAACGAGCUCAAAGGAUUGAGAUCCCCGACACGCCUCCGACUGGGAGACUGACAGGAAGAGACUCUGAAAAGAGUGAGAGAAGAAGAAGGAGGAGAAGAGUGAGGAGGACUGAGGGCGAGUCCGACUACUCGACCUCCUCUUUUACAACCAGGUCUCUUUUUAACGAGAUAAACUCUUAAUAACAAGAAAAAAGACUUCCGAAGGAUGCUGCGUAUUCAUCAUUAGAUGGUUCACAGCGUUUUUUACUGUGCUUUGUUGCCAUGCCAACAGUGCCAAUGUCUUCGUUUGUGUGUGUGUGUGUGUGUGUGUGUGUGUGUGUGUGUGUGU